AUGAGAUUACGGAGAAGGUGGAGAAAGACUACCGCCUCCUCCUACAGGACUCUGAGGCUCAUGCCCGCCGCGCCCAGCUGCUGGAAGAAACCUUGGCCCUGCGCGACGAGAAGGUCGCCGAGCUGCAGGCCAAGGUGGACUCCCUUCGGGAAAAGAAGAAGGACUUGGCCCGGAAGGUGGAGCUGGAGCAGGUGA